CUACAUAUAUUUCAAAUUUCUUAUUUUUCAUAACAUCUAAACCACUCCCUCAUUCUUAAUAUUUCUUUUAAUCAAGCGGCAUUCCAAUGCACAUACAUCAUCAAGUAGCGAUUAUUUCUCAAUAUGAGGUAAUGGAAGAGUCAAUACAGGUGUGUUAAUUAAACAGACGAACUAACAAUAUAGAGAUUUAUUAUUUACAUCAGGUCCGCUCACAUUCAUCGCCCGGUUCUAUCGUUUUUUUUUAACGAAACGAUGCAAAAAAGGAAGCAAUGUGUUUUCGUGCAAAAACUUAAGGAGAAAGGUUCUGUUUGCACAUAUAUACAAAAGGGCUCGUAUUCAGAACGCGCUGACAAGUCGAGAUAUAAAUAUAAAUAAAAAAGAAAGAAUAGAGCGCUGUUACCUAAACACGCGAUAAUAGAACCAAUAACAGAUUCGCCGGUAACGUGCAAACAUAACAUCGACUUGUCAGCGCGCUAUAACAUCGUUGUAAGCGCGUUUUGAAUACGGGCCAAGGUUUACAGAGAAAACAUCUUUGUCUUUAAUUUUAUUCCGCUUUAUUUUACAAAAUACGAAAAGAUACUAUGUCACAGAUAUUGCUACAUUACUGAUAUCACAAUUGUAUAAAUAUCAGGAAUUAAAGAGUCGCAACUCAUAUUAAAUUUAUCGUAUCACGAAAGACGUUUCGCAUUCUUCAUAAUGUUACGUGCUUCAAUUAUUCAAAGUGUCCGAAGAUAUAGCGUUAAUAUAGCUUCCCCCAUAAAAAGCAACCGAUUAGAAGACAAAAUCGCGAUCGUAACAGCAUCGACAGAUGGAAUAGGAUUUUCCAUAGCAAAACGUUUAGCACAGGAAGGUGCUAAAGUGAUGAUUAGCAGUCGUAAAGAGUUGAAUGUAAAAAAUGCUGUAGAAGAACUCCGAUCCGAAGGAUUACAAGUUUCAGGUGUUGUUUGUCACGUGGGAAAGGCAGAAGAUAGAAAAAAUCUCUUUGAGAAAACCAAAGCCAAUUUUGGAGGUUUAGAUAUUUUAAUAUCUAAUGCAGCUGUUAACCCAGCCAUUGGCCAGGUAUUAGAUAAUACUGAAGAAGUAUGGGAUAAAAUUUUUGAUAUCAAUCUUAAAUCUACAUUCUUGCUCAUGAAGGAGUCUCUGCCACUUCUCAAACGCAAUAAAUCAUUUUCACCUUCUAUUAUUACUAUAUCUACAAUUGCUGCAUAUAGAUAUUGUGAAUCUCUUGGUAUAUAUUCAAUUAGCAAGACUGCUUUAUUGAGUUUGACUAGAAUAACUGCAAUGGAACUUGCACUUCAUGGGAUCCGCGUAAACUGUAUUGCACCCGGGUUAAUAAAGACUAAAUUUUCAAAACAGUACUAUGACACACAGGAAGCAUACGAUUUUUCUACGUCAAAUAUUGGUAUGAAAAGAUUGGGAACGUCAGACGAGAUCGCGAGUGUAGCCGCUUUUCUAGCAAGUGACGAUGCUUCUUACAUUACUGGUGAAACCAUAGCAGUGACUGGUGGUAUAUUUUCAAGACUCUAAAAAUUUAUUUUACACUAGCAUUAUAUAAUGUUUUUAACAUUGUACAAUGACACUAUAUAAAAUCACUUAAAUAUCAUUUAAUGUUAUAUAUAUGUAUAACAUUAAAAAUAUUUAAAAAGCGGACAAAAUUACCCUUAUUGUACACAAAAGACAGAGACUAAUGACGUUAAUAUAUAUUGUGCAAAGAGAAAAAAAAUAUAUAUAUAUAUAAUAUAUAAAAGAAUUUAUAAAAUGUAAAAUAAAGUGUGUAAACUAAAAAGAGAAAAUUAAUCAAUUUCUAUUUCAUAAAAAAUGAUUAGAUUAAUAAUCAGUGUAGAAAAAUAAUCCCUUACAUUCCAAUUGUGCGUGAAACCAUUAUUUUUCUCAUCUUUAUAUCCGGAAAUAAUACUUCCACGCAUCAUCACAAUACUGUCUCUCUCUCUUAUUUAUUUCUUACAUCGUAUUAUUGUAUCCAAAUAAGAUAUCUCAUGAUUAUUCUAAUUAAUAUAACGCAAUGGAUUUGUCCUUUAUAUGGCUAA